GAGAGUGUGUAACGGAAAGAGAGGGUCGGUGGAGUGGAAUAGACGAAGGGGGAAAAGAAAGAGGGGGAAUGGUUUGGGGAGGAAGGGAUGUAUAAUACAGUCGACACAGGGCAUGCUGUAAAGUCAGCUGAUUUCAAUCGAUGAAGAAGUGUGUAAUGUUUUGGGCUGCCAUUGAGUGGAUAAUGUGUACGUGAAUUCUUAUGAACAAAUAUAUAUAUAUAUAUAUAUAGACAUGUGUAUAUAUAACACGCGUGUACGUGCUAUGUAAGUGUGUAUGUGUGUGUGUGUGUAUUAAACUCGUGAAGGAAGAACAAAACAUUGGGCCGAAGUUGUGUAGUUUUAAAGGGGGAAAAAGAGAAGAAGAAAAAAAGAAAAGAAACAAACACUAACUAUUGUCUUUCGAUUUUUUGCGCGUGUAAUUUAACGCGAUCGAUUAUGUCGCGAAUUAGUUUAGUUAAUUACAACACGUGUCGAGGAUGUGAUUUAUUUUUGGGGAAAUUUUAUUAGAUAAUUAACAAACAAACAAUGUCUUGGCUUUGGUCGGAGGGAAUAAAGAAAAGGAUCUGCAGGUAUUUACUGCAAAGAUAUCUCGGACAAUUUUUUGAAGAAAAGUUGACGUUAGAUCAACUUACUGUGGACCUUUACAAUGGGACUGGUAGAGUUACCAAUGUUACCCUUGACGUUCAGGCUCUUAACGAAUUGGUCGAACAACAAAAUCUUCCAUUGGAAUUUGUGGAUGGUUUCAUUUCGGAAAUGUCCAUUAGCAUACCAUGGUCAGCAUUACUCAGCGAAGCGAGUUAUGCAGAAGUAACAGGUCUCAGGUUGACCGUACAACCGAGACAAAGAACUGAAAAUGGAACUUCCAUGUUUGAAUCCGUGUGGAGUUCGAUGACGUCCAGUAUGCAACUUGCACAAGAAUGUUUGCAACAAGAUGCCAAUAAUGCUGGAAAUACGCAACCUUUGGAAGGUGUAGAAUUGUUCGCUCAAGCAAUUGAUUCCGUUCUGUGUAGGGCAAAAGUCAGAUUCGUAGAUACAGUUAUAAGAUUGGAACACGUACCUUUGGAUUCAACGAUGGGUGUAGCUCUAGAAAUGUGUAUACAGUACCUUGAAUAUACUGAUGAAGCUGGGUUGGAUCCUAGUCAUAGUUCCAUUGAUCAAAGUCAGUCCGGAAAAGGCUACGUGGUAUCAGCCUUCUCAACCAAACGAUUUUACUUGGAAGGUGUAACUCUUCAUACUGAUGAAUUCCCAUCUCGAUCGAGAACCAUUUCCAGAAGCAUCAUGACCACCAGCAGAUGCUCUACGCCUGACUCAAAAAUUUCGGAUGGCCAAUUUUUUUCCGCACAAAUAUCACCGACUCAAAGUAUGCAAAAUUAUCCUGAUAGAAGUUUAAUUAACAAUUUAAGCGAAUCGUAUCCCAUAUUGUUCGCCAAAUUUGCUGGUCGUCAAGAAUUCAGAUUAAAAAUGAAACAAGGCGAAGGUGUAUCGGGACCAAAGGUAGAGUUGGAAAUAACGUUGGGAUCUUUCACUUCUUACCUGAGUCCUCGACAAGUACACGUUAUUUUGGAAUUAGCUCAUGGCCUUGCAUCCCCUGAUUUGGAAGACGUAAGCAACGUUGCACCAAGGACUUGUACAGAAAAACCAAUGGCUGGUAGCGAUUUUAAUAGAGUCGAACGUGAAUUAAUACAUCAAAUACAUCCAAUACAAGGAAUCAAAUCAAUGGAUCUGAGACUUACGCAAGGAUGGUCGACGGCAUCUUUAGAAGAAUCAACCGACGAAGAAGAAUUUUUACCAAUGCGUCUGCCUAGUUCCUCACCUAUGAACGAUUCAAUACUGAGCAAUAAUUUAAGCAUGGAUGAUAGUAUAAUAGCAAGUAGUAUUAGUUCGAGAAGUUCUAAUACAAAUUUGCCAAAACACAGUAAACACAGGCAUAGUUUGGAUUCUGAUUCAUCUGCUGAAACAUCACAGUUUCACAUCAGAGUAUCAUCUAUUGCUGUAGUUUUAUUACACGAAGAUAUGUUGACAACGAACGUAGAAGGCCUCGGUUUGACUAGCAGUAGUAUAAAACAAAUGAAAAAUUCGGCUGAGGAAUUUUUCAAACACUUAGGAAUGUUUGCACCCAGUGGUUACGGAAAUAAAGAUUUUGACAAAGCGUCUAAAUUACUUUUAGAUGCUUGCCGUCUUAGCCAUAUUAGAUUACUCGCAGCACCAUUGGUCAUCGAAGGAAAUGAAAAAACUACUGCGCAAUAUUCUGUAAUAUCAGGGAAUUUAACGUUAGCCAGUUUAGAAAUUGUUGAAUGUUUAGUUAAUUCAAGUUCUUGCAAUUCGAAUGGAACAUUGAAUACAGAAUUCGUCGAAUUGUUAGGAUUUCAAAAAGAAGCCUCCAAUAAUUAUGGUUUCUCAGAUAAAACUGAUUUUAGAAUGAGAUUUCAGUAUAGAGAGAAAGCCGUUCGACAUGCUUCAUUGAUCAAAUAUGCACACCCACGCACAGAGAUCAAUAUUCAACUGGAGCCUUGUAAGACUGAAAUAGAUAUCACAAUAGUGGAUAGAAUAUCUGCUUUAUUAAACCCACAACCAAUUUGUACCUGUAAUCAAACGAUUAAUAGAGAUACCAACCAACAAACAUUGUUUUAUCAAGCAGUAGAAAGUCCAGCGCUACCAGAUUCAAAAAUAGAUAUAAACGUGUCUUCGUCGUCUUGUACAAUUAAAUUAAGAUUUCCUAUACCAGACUUGAGACCUCUGCACGAUAUGAAUAGAGCACCAUGGUGGAAAAGAUCUGUAAGACCAGAUUACAUGAUACUCAAACUUACAGAUGCACAAAUCCAUUCUACUAUGGAAAGUCGGACCUCCUAUUCGUCUAGGCACGAACUUCAGUUUAGAAAUUUCUUAUUGUCGUAUUUAGAAUCUGAAAUGGAUGUACCGAUAGAAAUAGCAAAAGCAACAUCCGAUGAAAAAAAUGAUAGAUCAUAUCAACAAAUAAACGAAGGCUUUGGUUGGGCAAGGAUAGUUGUUACGAUAUACCCGAUUCAUUCGGGUGGACAAUUGGAAGAUAGUUCAGAAGGAGAAGCAGAUUCAAGUUUAGAUGAUACUUUGGAAAAUGCUCCUAGACAUCAACCGUCGCCAUUCAGUUCUAAAAAAGUUAUACACGAAUCGGACACGCCUCAUUCCAAACCUCACGCGCAAGAUGAUAAAGGAAGUCCCGAACAAAAAGAAGGAGAAGAAUUGAUUAUUCCUGGUACUCGGCAAGAAAUGACAGAAUUUAUUGAAGAAGCAGCUCGUUCUAGAGUUCAAGUCGAAAUUAAUUUGCCUAUAAUUUCUGUCCAAAUACCGUCUAAACGUCUUUACGAAUUAUUGUAUAACAGAUUCAAUACGGAUAUGUUUUUGUGGGAACCUUCGGCCCCACGUCCCAAAUACAAUUCACAUAUCGAAAGUCAUAUCGGUCUUGAUUUAGCUUCUACUUUGUUGCAAGAAUCAGCAUACCCUAGAUUCAGCAUGUGUAAAAGUGGUAUACAAUAUGACUCUGAUUCCGAUUCAGACGAGGACAAUAUAUUCCAUUCUACAGCGGACAGAAGUUACAAACAACAACCUAAUAAUAUUUCUAAGAAUGGUCAAAGUAAAUUUUCAUUGACACUGAAUAUUAAUCAAGGUCUUUUGACUAUGUACACACCUGUACGCGAUUCCACGCGCAACGUUAUUCCUGGCCAACAAGGCGAAUUGAUACUUCGAUUAGAGGAUGCUACGAUAUUUUCUGUUACCGCUUACAAAGGAAACAUUAAUAUGGGAUACAUAUGUGCAAUGAUUAAAAACGCUUCUUUAAAUCAUUGCGGUUUGACUACCACUCCUUCGCAAACUCCACCGCUUAGAUCUAUCAAUAGUGUUAUUCCGAGACACUGUCAAAGGACGAUUUACAAAUGCGAGUUGGGUUCAAAUGUAACGACUAAUUCUUGUAACAAAGAUAUGAUAACUGUGGCUGUUCGUAUACAAUCCGCACAUCAAAAUCAUCGCAUAAAGACUUUCAGAGUAGCAGUUGGCAUAAGAAAUGCUACAUUGAGGCAUAGAAUGUGUUCGACGACGACCUCAUGGUUUACACAGUUUACCGAUUGUUUAGACGUCGCUGAUCAUCCAGUUGCUGGAUAUUCACCGCCAGGAAUUCUUACAGAGUUACAUUUACAUCUUUGGGAUUGCACCAUUGAUUACAGACCAUUAUAUUUGCCGUUGAAAUCUGUGGUGACCCUUGGUAAUUUUAGCGUGUCGAGUAAUAUAGCAGCUCAAACGAGUACCUCGACACUACGAUUUAUAGCCGAAGAUAUUGGAUUAUUUAUAUCAAAUAAAUUAGGAAAGGAUGUUGAUUUGAAAAGAGAUUACGUGUGCGUAAUGGAUUUGGGUCUUUUCGAAUUGUCAUUAAGAUUGAACGACAAAAUGUGCGGUGGUGCACCGAGAGUCGAUUUAAGAGCUAGCAACAACGUUUUACACGUACGCACCUGUUCGGAUUCCGGUCGUGCAUUGACCCAAUUGUUAACAUAUUUUGCCAACGAUGGAGAUUUAACGUCUAAUACAGAAAGUACAGAAAAUAUAAGUCUACCUAAUCCGGGAGACGAGGAAAGUUUACUCGGUAAUGAGAGUAUAAAUACUUUGAGUAAAAGUCAAGAGGAAAGGGUUAACAGUUUAAUGGAAGAAGCAAUGGAAGAGACAGUUAAAGGUACAACGAUAAGUACAGAUAAUGAAAAAUUACUGAUAAAGGAAACACAAGUAGAAGUAUUUUUCUUUCCCGACGAACCACGUCCCGAGUCACAUAAUAUUCCUGAAAUAUGUUCUAAUUCGAAAGAUUGUAUUCAAACAAUGUGUAUAAGUGAAAUAGAAGAUGUGGAUGAAGAAUUUUGUAUCUUAGGUGAAGAGGCAGGUGCCGGGAUUAUGCCGAGAGAUGGGGUACCAGAAAUACGUUGGCUUUCCGAAGAAUCAUUAAGGAUCGUAGAUAAUCAUUUUUCUAUUCCACGCGGUAAAACCGAUUUGUUGAAAGCUCCCAAACAUUAUCCUGCCGCUGUAUUAAGAUAUACGCUUUGCGAAAUGACAUUGAUUUGGCAUAUGUAUGGAGGAAAAGAUUUUGAUCAUUCGGAUGCGAUAUCGAAGAAACACGUUACCAUUAACGAUAAUACUUUACGUAUGCAAGGAAGAAGUCGUUCUGCUGCCAGCGUAGGUUACGCAACGAUUAAUCCAAACGAAGUGCGUUUUGGUAGUGUACCAAAUUCACCUCGUUUAAGAACCAGAGAAUCGAUCAAUUGGAAAACAUCCGGUGGUCCUAAUCGUCAACACGACGUAUUAAUGGAAUUACAAUUAAACAAAGUUCGAUUCAGACACGAAGUAUUUCCAGAGAAUACGAAGGAAGCAUCGAGACAAGUUUUAUUAGUCAACGAGAUUGAAAUUAGGGAUAGAUUGGCCUCUUCUCAUAUCAACAAGUUCUUAUAUCAGUAUAGUAGCGAGGCCAAACCUAAACAAUCUCAUGCUAAUAUGUUUACCAUGAAGGCAGCUCAUUUAAGACCAGAUCCUAAACUUUCUACUCAAGAAUGUUGUCUGAAGCUCAGUGUACUGCCACUCCGCCUAAAUAUCGAUCAGGAUAGUUUAUUAUUCCUGAUAGAAUUUUUUAACGAAUUGGGAGGUGGAUCCAAUCAAAAUUUAGAUAAUUCAUCGACGUGUAAUAAUUCUAAAUCUUCUUCGGUAUCUAAACAAGGAACACCUACUCAUCAUCCACCCGUUAUGAGCAUAAACGAUUCGACUACGAUGCCUAAUGUUCAAAUUUCAACGAAUACGUCGCAAAGUAAUACGAUAGAUCAAAAUUUGCUUAUACUUUUGGAAGAUGAAUUGACGAUUAAGGAAAAUAAAACUAAACCAAAGACGACACACGAAGUUCGCGAUGAUUGUCAGCCGAUAUAUUUUAGGACGGUGAUAUUUGCACCCGAAGUUCUCGUUAGAUUGGAUUAUCACGGUAAACGCGUAGAUCUGACUCACGGACCAUUAGCUGGACUUUUGUUGGGUCUGGCGCAAUUGAGUUGUUCUGAAUUAAGACUGAAACGAUUGGCUCAUCGACACGGACUCUUGGGUUUCGAUAAACUUGUAACAUUUUUGUUGUCCGAGUGGUCGCAGGAUAUUAAAAAAAAUCAAUUACCAAGUUUACUCGGCGGAGUUGGUCCUAUGCACUCGUUGGUACAACUGUUUCAAGGUAUUCGUGACCUCUUUUGGUUACCGAUAGAACAAUAUCAGAAAGACGGUAGGAUUGUACGAGGUUUGCAACGAGGUGCAAAUAGUUUUACGACUUCUACGGCAAUGGCAGCAUUGGAGUUGACGUCAAGGCUAGUACAUGCUUUACAGAGUACAGCUGAAACAGCGUACGACAUGGUCAGUCCUGGACCAAGUGUACGGCAAAUAUCGAAAGGACAAAAAGGACGUAGAAAAAAAUAUAGUCAACCACAGGAUAUUCGUGAAGGCAUGGCUAAUGCUUAUAUGCUGGUUAAAGAAGGACUUGGAGAAACGGCUAAUCAAUUGGUACGUGUUGCAAGCGAGGAACACGAACAAAAAGGUGUAUCAGGAGCUGUGGGAGGUGUACUUAGACAGAUACCACCAACAGUAGUAAAACCUAUUAUUCUUGCCACUGAGGCAACUAGUAACGUAUUGGGUGGCAUGCGUUCGCAAUUGGUUCCGGAUGCUAGAAGAGAAGCAGCUCAAAAGUGGCGGCAAGAUACUCACGAUGCCAAUUAACAAUUUUAUCCACGAAUUUAAUCGCUAAUAAACUUUGUUACGCUAUAACAAAUCUUGCUCAAAAGAAAACAACAAAAAAAUAUAAAAAAAAAAUUAAUACAAAGAAAAAUAUAAGUAAAAGAUAUUUAAAAAAAGAAAAGAGAAAAGAAUAGAAAAGAAAAAAAAGAAAGGAAAAGAAAUAAAAAGUUUCUUCUACGUACUCUUGACUUAUGUUAAUAGAUAAUCGAUCCAUGACGAUAAUUCAACAAAAAAAAAAAGAAAAAAAAGAAAAAGAAA